AUGGAGGAACAAGAUGGCGCCUCAUUGUCGUCGACGUUUCCCAACCCGCCGCCGUUUUGGAGAGACUUUACGGCCGACAAGGUAGCUCGCUAUGAGCAGCUACGCAACGAGUACGAUGAGGGCGAGGCCGAAAAGACGGCCACUGACGAAAACUACAAGCCGCAAAGCAGGAUACCGAACCUCCCAGAGGAGUUGAUGCACCUGCAACCGCCUGAGGAGCCUGCCGACGGCCGAUGGCGCGUAUUCGGCGAUCAGUACAUGCUCGACGACCAGCUCCCGACGCUCGAAGAGCAGGGCACCACCAACCUCCCCGCGUCCGGGCAGUCGAGCGCGCGCGACGCCAAGCACUACGACCGCGCGUUUGAGCUCAAGCGGCUGGCCAAGUCGCUGCUGCUCAACUUUCUCGAGCUGACGGGCGCGCUGUCGCGGAGCCCCUGGCACGCCGAGGCCAAAGUGCAGGACCUGCGCACGCUCUUCAUCAACGUGCACCACAUCCUCAACGAGUACCGUCCGCACCAGGCCCGCGAGUCGGCGAUUGAGAUGAUGCAGGACCACCUCGACCGCACACGCACCGAGACGCUCGCGAUUCGCACGCAGGUCGACAAGGCGAGGCGGCUGCUCGAGGGCCUGGGCAGUCUGAGUCUGGGCGGCGACACCGCGGGCGCGGGUGCGGGCGUGGCGGGAGCCGGCGCGCAGCAGACGGCGGAGAAGGAGAUGAAGAGCGACGGCGAUGCAACAGCAGCAGCAGCAGCAGCAGCGGCGGCGGCGGCGGCGGCGGCAAAAGGUGUGGAUGUCGACUGGGAGAGGGAAAGGCAAAUCUGGGCAUCUGUGGAUGACUUGUUCUCCUGA